AGCGAUACGUUAACGAUCGGGAACGCGAGGCGGACACAGGAAGGACAUUUCGCGACCAAACCCACAGCGACGGUUCGGUGGGCGGAGUGGCCUAUGGCGGCGCACGGUAAUCUUUGCGUUAUAUGAGUGUGUGUAAGUGUUUAAUCUCGCUGCCCUAGAAUCCCGUCCUGUGCCCUAGGGAGCAAAAUACAAAAAAAAGGAACGUUAAAGCUGAAGGAAUAGGAUAUGGCUCUGGUUAAGUGUUGUUUGCUUUGGUGAAUUAUGUUAAAUUAUUGUGGUUACCAGUGACGGUUUUGUAUUGAUGUGCGGUCGAAGGGUAAUCACAAAAUUGCAAUGGAUAUGGCAAGGAUUACUACACUCUGGAUGCAAUCGCAAGGAUAUGGAUAACAAUCGAUAGAUUUUCCGAGUAAAAGGGCAGUGAUUUCGUGCUGCUAGGCGAAUGUGGAUUCGUAGUUUGCGAAUAUUGAUUUAUGGAUGUCACAGUAGCACACGAAGACCAAAGAUACAUAACAAAGGAUAUACAAAUAGCAAACGAGAGCACUGUGGUUUGUCCGAUAAGUAGGAGAAGCAUAAGAAGCAAAAAAAAGUUUGUGUUUUUGUGAGCAUGUCAGAAGUGAAAUUGUUAGUGGAAUGAGAGCCUAUGCUCUGUUGUAAUGGAGCCAGAGAUGGGUGGUAUAAGUGAAUGAUAGAUUAAUUGCUAAAUGAGAAGCAAUCAAGUGAAAAUCAAUCGAUUGGUGAUAGGCAAUGGUGCUGUCGCCUUAUCUUGCGUCGGAAGAAAUAUUCGUUCAAAACAAAGAAAAUAUUAUCGUGCGUCUCCUCUGGAGGAAUAUGAAAGCAUCAAUACCGGUAUUGUAAGCAAAAGUAUAUAGAUAAUGUCAGAAGUGUAGUGGAUGUGGUAACAACCCAAAUGUGCAGAAAAAAAGGAAAAUAAAGAGAAAAAAACGUAUAUUUAUUCCAAGUGUAAAAAUGUUGUCAAUAAUCGAGUAGCGUGAUCAGCAUGAAAAUGUUGGUAUCACUAGUAAUGAUCAUUCCCUUUUUCUCCCCGACCUUAUCGGUCGGUGGCAAUAGUGAUGAGAAUGAUUCCAUAAAGAAAACGACGUCACGCGUUGUGCAUACAAAGUACGGUUCAGUGUCUGGUACUAUCGAGCAUUUAGAUGGGCGACAUCUGGAUCCGGUGGAAGCGUUUCGAGGAAUUCCAUACGCUUCUCCACCUGUUGGCACCUUACGCUUCAUGCCUCCCGUAACGGGAGCUCUCUGGUCUGGUGUCAAAAAAGCGGACAGAUUCAGCCCGGUCUGUCCACAGCGUCUUCCAGAUAUUGCCAAUGAAACAGCGGCUCUGGAGAGGAUGCCUCGUGGUAGAUUAGACUAUUUGAAGCGACUAUUACCAUACCUUAGAAAUCAAUCGGAAGAUUGUCUGUACCUAAAUAUCUACGUCCCGACACAAGCUGGUGUACGAGAAAACUCUGGUGCUCAAAAGUACUCCGUAAUGGUGUUCGUUCACGGAGAAUCGUACGAAUGGAACAGUGGUAAUCCGUACGAUGGAUCGGUGCUUGCCAGCUUUGGGCAAAUUUUAGUAGUUACAAUUAAUUAUCGCUUAGGAAUUUUAGGAUUUUUAAAUGCCAACAUCGACCGGUUCUCGAAGGCACCGGCUAACUAUGGCCUGAUGGAUAUAAUUGCGGCCCUCCAUUGGAUCCAGGAAAACAUCGAAGCCUUCGGGGGAGACUCCCGAAGUGUUACACUGGCCGGCCAUGGCACGGGGGCCGCAUGUGUUCAUUUCCUUAUCGCGUCAGCGGCUGUACCAGAGGGUCUCUUGUUUCAUCGUGCGAUCUUGAUGUCAGGAUCUGGACUGGCGCCGUGGUCGCUCGUAGGAGAACCGGCCAAGUUUGCUGCGUAUGUUUCGCAUCACGUGAACUGCUCACCUGACCUACCUCAUCAGAUGCUGCUCAAGUGCUUGCGGGAUAAACCACUCGACGAUAUCCUCUUAACGCCCGUUCGUGCACCAGACUUUGGGAAUGCCUUUGGCCCAAGCGUGGACGGAGUUGUGAUUGACACUGGCGAAAUUCAGCAGAUGGAUGGAUCCCAUUAUAGUGAUUAUGGGGCGCCAACGGUGCCGAAGUUAUCACCCCAUCUUCACAACACGCUCAACACGAUUAACGCGAUUCUUUUGCGUAAAUUAGCUAUUAACAAAUUGUCCAAAUACGAUGUGCUCGUUGGAGUCACUAGAGCGGAAGCCUAUUUUGUCUUCAACUCGGAAGACGUGCAAUAUGGCAUCGAGGCCGACAGGAGAUCCAAAAUCCUGAAGAACUAUGUGAGGAGCACCUAUUCCUAUCACCUGAACGAAAUCCUAGCUACAAUCGUCAACGAGUACACCGACUGGGAAAGGCCAAUUCAGCAUCCCAUCAAUAUAAGGGACGAAACACUGGAGGCGCUCAGUGAUGCUAGAAUUGUUGCACCAGCGGUGCAAACGGCCGACAUCCAUUCGGCUGACCAUCGAAACUCGUUCCUGUAUGUGUUCGACUAUCAAACCAGAUUUGGCGACUUUCCACAGCGACAAGGCUGUAUACAUGGAGAGGACCUGCCGUAUCUGUUCGGUGCACCACUCAUCGGUGGAUUCAGCCACUUUGCCAGGAACUACACGAAAUCCGAGAUAGCGCUGUCAGAAGCGGUCAUGAUCUACUGGUCCAAUUUCAUCCGCACCGGCAAUCCAAACGAGCAGCUCGAAAAUGACCACGUGCGAGACAAGACACGGUUCAAAAACAUCGAAUGGACACCUUACGAAAGUGUGCAUAAAAAAUACCUGAAUUUGGAUACGAAACCGAAGCUGAAAAACCAUUACCGCGCGCAUCGAUUGUCGUUUUGGCUGAAUUUGGUACCGGAUUUGCAUAAACCUGGUGGUGAUGAUGUGCCUAGCUCGCACCAUGAGCUCGAAGACGACGAGGAAGAGCAUGUUUUUGUGCCAACGGUGAAACCGCUUAAUCCUCCCCUGCUGGAUCCCUCGAACGCGAAUACAAAUUUUUCCUUUUUCACCACACAAGUGUUUUCGCUGUUGAAUUCUUCCACUUACGGGAUUAACAAUAGCACCAGUCGUCAGAAUGUCCAUAAGCCGAUUCCCGUUACAGCGGAGUCCUCGGAAGGGACAGACGAUGAUAGUGGUGGCCAAACACAGGAGGACGGCUUUGCCGCUUACAGUACGGCGUUGAGCGUGACGAUAGCCAUCGGAUGUAGUUUACUGAUACUGAAUGUGCUGAUUUUCGCCGGUGUUUACUAUCAACGUGACAAAACGAGGUUAAACGAACCAAGAAACAAUAAGAAGCGUAACGAGAAUGGCCAGAUGCCAAACAAUAUCUGUGGCGAGUUGGAGAGCCUUACUAUCCACACGAAGAGCGAUCCGUCAACGAUACUGGGACAUCAUCAUGCCUUACAACAUCAUCAGAUGCCGCCGCCAGAGUUUGCCGAUUUACCCCAACGAGCGCCCCCUCCCCCCAAACAUAUUAAAUCGGUUCCGGACGGAACGAUACUCUCACAGCAUGCGCUUCAGCUAAUUGGCACAAAUUGUGGAACAUUGACGAAGAAAAGCUGCGUCAAAUCCAACCUUAGCGCCAGCAACCAAGCCCAGAAUGCGAUGGAUGAACUGCGAGUGUGACGUUAAGUAUCCUUUGCCAUCGAGGAACAAUCUCGAUGUGGCUACCAUCCUGGUCGGCGCCAUACCCAAAUCCCAACACCCAAACACUGCGAACAACAGCUCUAGUGACGAACUUUAAUGGAAUGUAGUGCCGCAUCGUAUCAUACCCAGUAAAUAGCUCGAGAGUGUUAUCAAUUAAUUGAUAAUUGAUGGAGCACAUUUAGGUAAAACUAAUAAAUUAAUAAAUCAAUGAAUGUGUAUGUACAUAACAUAUAGGAGAUAUUGCACAAUAGACAACAGUUUCCCCCCCAACCCCCACUCACUCAAUCACUCCUUCGCUGUCUCCGGAACGAAUAUUUCUCUCUCGGACACGAUUUUAUACGUGAAAAAAAAAACCAACGAGAAAGGACGUGAAUAAUGAAUUGCACUUCCAACAUCUCUGUAACAAUAGCAGGAAAGGAUUCUGUUUUAUACUUUUUGUGUUCGGGACGAUGUGUGCGAUAAUUUAUCACCGAGACGGGCGAGAGAAAAUGAAAGAAUCAAUAAUUAACACCCGCGCCGUUUGGAAGACGAUGUUUUACGUGGCGCGGCGAAACCGAUUCCGUUGGGCUUCCGGCGCGAUUGUUUCACUACCGCAAUAGGCAUCAUUUUUAAUUAUUGUACCGGUUUGCAAUUUCGAAAGCGCGGUAAAAUGCGGGGGCUCUUCCACGAGGUGGCAUUGUCUUGCAACUCCAUUGUGCGAUGUUUCAUUGUCGGAAUGUUGAACAGUAUUUCAUUUUUUUCUUCUUGUUUUUGCUGUUCGAAUUGUGGUAUUUACAGCUCCGAUCGUUUGUGUUUUAUUUUCACAUUUCGUGCGAGUUUAGUCUGAUUGUGCACAUAUUUGUGUAUGAAUGGUGUUGUAUUAGGAAUAAAAAGAUGGGAAAAAGAACAAUUUGAACCUAAGCUGCAAUGCAUAAUCUUCUUUAAGUUUGGUAUAAAUAUAACAAGAAUCUUUUGAAAUUCCGAUUAUGUUUUUGGAAUGUGAGCCUCAGUUACAUACUUGAUGUUCGCAUUCGCCCAAAUCAUCCCUUCGCAGCUUUCAGCUUUUAAAUUUGGAAGCAGUAAAUAACCGUCUGUGCAUUGGGAGGUAACUUCCAUCCGACUUCUUUAAAAGUAGCUAUUGCUCAAAGUUAUGUGUGCGUGGUUUUCGGGAAGAAUUCCUUCCUAAGUGGUUACACCACCUUGGCGCUCGAAGGAAUAGACAAAAGAAUAAAGAAUGUUUUUCGAUGCAGCUGUUUCAUUAGCGCUUACGAGGUGUGGCAAUCCACUUCCGGGAUUUCUAAAUAAAAUACGUGCAAAUGAGUUUAGCAGUAAAAAUGUGUCCAUCACAAUAGCCUUUUCCAAUGUAUAACAUUGUCUCCAUGCUCUCACGAUCAGAAGCAACCUUGAUAAUCUUCCACAGUCACAGCUCUCUUGGCAGCAUCGACAUGAAGAGUUCCUUCGAGGUGAAAUUUCAUUUUUGGAAACAACGAAAAGGCGUACGUUGUGAUCAGGGCUAUACGGUGGAUGCAGUAACGUUGGGAUACCUUUUAUUCGACAAACACUCGUUCUCAAAAAGAGAGGAAUGGACCGAUGUGUUGUCUUGGUUCAAGAUUCAGUCGGUUUCGGAAAGUUUAAACCGCACACUAGAAUGCGGAGUCGCAACCGCACCAGGACACCAGCAUAAAACUCUUCAGUGACUGCCAGUAACGUUUGAAACAAUGAAUAAUUUUACAUCCAAAAUUAUUUUUAGCAAAUGUUUUGACAUCCUGAUUUAUAACAUAAAAUGAGCUUGAAAAUAACAAAACAUGUGUUACCCUCCCAUACUAGUACAACAUUUGUAUAAUAUGCUAGCUUACCCGACGAAUUUCGUUCCGUCCAGAAUUAAUUUUUUGAUAUGAAUACUUUCGAGCAUUCACGUUUUCUUGCUAAACGAACGUUCGUGGUUUCAAUCACAGAACGCAGAAUAAAUUUUCUAGUACUUCUACCAAAACUCGUCCAUAUAAUACAAAUUAAUUUUCAGACACAAUUCUCGCUCAAGAUUUUUUAUUCUGAGAAUGUAUCGCUAUUUUCGCUUCACACCAACGGAACACGAAGCUUGAUUCCGCAAACGCGAAAUCCACUGGGCUAACAACGAUGUCAUUGUAGAAUACAUGAGAAUUAUUUUUUCUUCGAAUUAAAGCUAUUAAAAAAAUUCAAAAUUUUAACCAUAACAUAACAUUGAUCUACGGCCAGGAACGAACACAUCAAAAUAAACACGGCUCAAAUAGGACCAUUCCUUCCUCGGGAUUUUUUAUUACCAAAACACAUUUGGCCUUCCAUUUUUAUUUACGAGGGCAGUCCGAUAAGUACUUAACCUACAAAAAAAAACAAAAAAAUUGGAAAAGUGGCGAUUUAUUUCUCAAUAUAGUAUCCUUUCAGCUCGAUACACUUGACCCAGCGAUGCUCCAAUUUUUUUAAUCCAUCUGAAAAAUACGUUUUCUCGAGGUCUGCAAAGUAGGCCUCCGUGACGGCGAUGACCUCCUCAUUCGACUCAAAUUUCUGCCCGGCAAGUGACUUUUUCAAGUUUGGAAGCAAAAAAAAAGUCGCGUGGGCCAAAUCUGAAGAAUACGGUGGAUGGAGCGGCAGUUCGUAGCGCAAUUCGACCAAUUUGGCCGUGGCGACGACGGAAUUUUCAUAUUUUUCCAUUUUUCUAAAAUCCGUGGACACGCCCACUUCCGCACACGGUCAAAGUUCGAUUCUUUCUUCAAAAUAAAGACGGCUCAAAUAGGACCAUUCCUUCUUCGGGCUUUGUCCUUACCAACACAUUUUUCAUUUAUUUAGAAAAUAGAUAAAUAGAGAUAGAUAGAAUAUAAAGGAGUGCGAUAUUUUGCCUAAAAUUAUAUUUCCGCUUUCGAACAAAGAUCAAUUUCGUUAGCGCAAACAUCGAAUGGACUAGCAAUGAUUAUCAUAACGUAAUUGUAGAACAGACUGGAAUUAAAUUUAUCGAGUUUUCCUACCUUCCUUUAUAAUUAUCCGAAAAUUUUCCGAUUUUUUCUCUCCAUAACAUUGAUCUACAGGAAGAAACGAGCACAACAAAAUAAAGACUACUUAAAUCGGACCACUCCUUCCUCGGGGUUUGCGCUUACCAACACAUUUGUCCUUCCAUUUUUAUUUGUGCAGAUAAACAAGGUUUAUUGAUUUUUUGGUGAUCUUUAGAUAUGUAUUUACUGAACAUUGUGUCUUAAGAGUGUGCUCUUUUUGUAUAAAAAAUUAUGUUUAAUAAUUAUCCUUCAUGUGAUAUCUGUUGGAGUCUUCCACAUUUUAUCUUUCUGUUUGAACCUAUCGAAUAACCCUAUUACAUCUACACCUAAAGAUCAUUUUUAGCACGUGUUAUGGCAUCCCGAUUUAUUACAUUAAAUGAUAAAUGAGCCGAAAAAUAACAGAAAAUGCUAUACUCUCCAAU